UCUGUUACGUAUUCAGUAGCACGUGUGUCGGCGACAUGCCUAAGCGUCGCUGCUCAAGGGGUUCUGCUUCUCGUCAUGCGCCAUUGGCAGAUCAAAUCCUUCAGGAAGGCACUGUGAAGCCUACGUUUCGGGGUAAACGACGGGGGCAGGCGGCAGGAGGUGCAGAAGAUGACAGCUACGUGGAUGAAAAGCUGUCCCGUAGGAUCCUGGAGCAAGCUCGGCUCCAGCAGGAAGAGCUUGAAGCCGAGUAUGGGCCGGGACACGUGGCUCCGAAGGAGAAGACAAGUGUACUCGAUACUAAAAAAGCAGAUGGUUCAGAUUCAGAAGACGAUGAAUGGCUGCCACUGAAAAAAGCUGAAAUUCAGGACUCUGAGUACAAUGAUGAUGUUGAGGUUAACCCUCAGGAUGAAAAGGCCAUUGAGAUGUUCAUGAACAAAAACCCACCUCUGAGACAGACCCUUGCUGAUAUCAUCAUGGAGAAAAUUACGGAGAAGCAGACAGAGGUAGACACUAUGAUGUCAGAUGUUUCUGGGCGGCCAAUGCCACAGCUGGAUCCCAGGGUGCUAGAUGUUUACAAGGGAGUAAAGGAGGUUCUGUCAUCGUACCGCAGUGGGAAGCUACCCAAAGCAUUCAAGAUUGUCCCUGCCUUGUCUAACUGGGAGCAAAUUCUGUAUAUAACAGAACCUGAGACAUGGACAGCUGCAGCUAUGUACCAGGCCACCAGGAUCUUCUCUUCCAAUUUAACAGAGAGAUUGGCACAGCGAUUCUAUAACCUGGUCUUGCUCCCUCGUGUGCGAGAUGACAUUGCAGAAUACAAGCGUCUUAACUUCCACCUUUAUAUGGCUCUCAAAAAGGGUCUCUUCAAACCAGGUGCAUGGUUUAAAGGUAUCCUUAUUCCACUUUGUGAAUCUGGAACAUGUACCCUUCGAGAAGCAGUGAUUAUUGGGAGCAUUCUUACAAAGUGUUCUGUCCCUGUUCUGCACUCCAGUGCUGCCAUGCUGAAGAUUGCUGAGAUGGAGUACAAUGGAGCCAACAGUAUCUUUCUACGCCUGCUGAUUGAUAAGAAGUAUGCACUUCCUUUCCGUGUGCUUGAUGCUCUGGUUUUUCACUUUCUUGCUUUCCGAACAGACAAGAGGGACCUGCCAGUGCUGUGGCAUCAGUGCCUUCUCACAAUGUGCCAGCGAUACAAGGAGGAUAUGUCCUCUGAGCAAAAGGAAGCUUUGCUAGAGCUAUUACAAAUUCACUCCCACCCAUCGAUUUCGAAUGCAAUCAGACGUGAACUUGUAAACUCCAAAUCCCGUGAUAUGGAGGCUGGGGCUCCCCUGGGAUUUGACUGAGACUAGCACAUACCAGCACAAUGGCUGGGUACAAGUAGUAUACUUUCAUAAAUAAUUUUGCUGUGUAUGUUGAAUUUCAAUUAAUAGACCUGCAGAGUGAUUCAUUCAUAGAUAAAGGACAUAACCUGUAUAAAGCUGGUAUUUCAAGUUGAGUAUAAUUCACUGGAAAGGUAGUUAGAAAGCUUUCUGAAUAUUUUUGAACAUCAAUGCCAACUAAACAAUUUUGGGUUGUA